AUGAAUGGCGAUCACCUUGGAACGAGCAGCCGAGCAAGACUAAGCAAGAAGGCGGCUUUGAAAUGGAUGCCAUCCGCUGGCGUUCUCCAUCGUUAUUACGGUAAUCUACCAAAGAAGAAGAUACAAGAGAUUGCCAAUGGGCCUGCUUUACAAGAUUUUAUCGUCAAAUCUCCCAAUCAAAUCAAGAAAGUUGAUUUUUUUGCUAAACGUAGAUACCUUCCUUUACCACCGUGGAUUAGAAAGCCGACGAUACCUACGCCCCAAAGUUAUAACAAGUUAAAGAAUGAUUUAAGAAGUUUAAAUUUAAACACGCUAACAUUAGUAAUGAUGGUUCUUGAAUGGAUAGUACUUUCAUGUCCGAUGCCUGACCCUGAUGAACCUAUCAAUACGGCGAUAGCGCUUGCAAAAUGGGGCCUUGACUGUGUCGUCUUAACUUCUGUGAAUAGAGAUGAUCUUCUUGAUGGUGGAUCCAGCCAUUUCGCCAAAAUUGUUCGAGAAAUUAAGAAACGUAAGUUAUUAAUGUUGGUUGAAACAUUAACACCUGAUUUCCAAGAAAAUAAAGAUGCCAUUGCUGCGGUGGUCAAUGGAAGGGUGAACUCUAUCUGA